AUGGAGUUGACAACCUGUGUUGUAGCAUUUGUGGUGUUUCUGGUCAUCUAUCUGUGGCUGCAUCGAUCUGACCCACGGCUUCCCCCAACCCCUGUAAGAGCUCUACCAGUGGUUGGUCAUCUCUUCAGUUUGGCUCAAGAUACCAGACAGCAGUUUAAACAGUGGAGAAAACAAUCUGGGGAUAUUUUCAGCUUGUACUUGGGGCAGUCACUGGUGGUUGUACUCAAUGGUUACGACCUCAUCAAGGAGGCCCUGGUCAAGCAAGCGGAGUUUUUCUCUGACAGGCCACCAUUUUUUAUAGACACGGUUACAGGGGACAGUGGAAAAGGUGUUAUUUUCUCCAGUGGUGCCCUAUGGAAAGAGCAACGAUCCGUCAGUCUAUCCAUCCUCAGGUCCUUCGGCAUGGGAAAGAACGUUUUGGCCGAGAAGAUACAAGAAGAAGUUGAUUGUUACGUAAAGUGCCUGGCUGGUCUGAAAGAGAAGCCUACAGACAUCCGACUGAUGACAAACAUUAGCACAUCCAACAUUAUCUGCUCCAUCUUGAUUGGUCGUCGGUUUGAAUAUGAUGACAAGCAAUUUCAGGACUUAAUCCAUAAAUUAGGCAACUUGUCCACUGAACAGAGAUCAGGCAGUGUAGUUAACUUUUUCCCUUGGCUCAGACAUCUUCCUGGAGAUAUAUUUAAAGCAAAAACGUUAGCUAUGAGUACAACAGCCAUUCUUAAGAUGUUGUCUGGAGUUCUGAAUGAGAAAAAACGUCAGGUGGUGGUUGACUCCAACGACGUGUGCAACUUUAUUGAUGCAUACAUUAUUGAACGAAACAAGAGAACACAAGCUGGUGUAUCUACCACUCUUGAUGAUCUGAAUUUACUGAAGAUCACAAACGAUUUAUUCUCAGCAGGAACCGAAACCACAAGCACAACAAUCUAUUGGUGCAUACUGUACAUGUUAAAUUACCCCGAAGUCCAAAAGAAGGUUUAUGAGGAAAUAAAAGAUAAAGUUGGAACAGAUCGAACCCCGACCAUCCAGGAUAAGACUGAUUUAACUUAUCUAAGGGCUGUUAUCAUGGAAACUCAACGUCUAGCUAGUAUUGUCCCACUUUCUCUGACCCACAUGGUUUCAGAGAAAGUGACUCUGCGAGGCUACACUCUGCCUAAAGGAACCUGGAUCCUUCCAAACCUGGACUCUGUCCUCCACGACAAGACCACUUGGGGAGAGGACGCCAUGAGCUUCCGACCAGAACGAUUUAUUGACAACGACGGCAAGUUGAAGAACCCUGAACAGUUCAUUCCAUUCAGUAUUGGACGCCGUGCUUGUCUGGGCGAGAGUCUGGCCAAGAUGGAACUGUUUCUGUUUCUCUCCAACAUGUUCCAGAGAUUCCAGUUCCUUCCAGCUGAUCCAAGAAGUAUUCCUUCACUAGCGUACAGGCCUGCCAUAGUUAUGACCCCACAUGAUUACCAGGUCAGGGUUGUAGAAAGGAUGUAA